UUGCGGGAGCUGGGCCUGAACGCCAGCCAGCCGGCCCUGCUGCUGGUGCGCCUGCCCCCCGCCGCUGGUUCCAGCCUCAUGGCCCCCAAGGAGGUGCUGAUGAGCAAUGAUGAGAUCAUCGGGCAGGUGCUCAGCGCCCUGAAGGAGGAGGAUGUGCCGUACACGGCGCUGCUGACGGCUGGAGCCCCCUCCCGGGUUCUCCGGGACGUCUCUGGGGUGGCCCCCGGGCGAGUGGGCCGCCAGCUGCUGCAGAAGCCGAGCCCAGCACCAGCGCAGCACCCCCCGGUGCGGUACCCGCUGACGGGCGAGCCCCAGAUCCUCUUCUGGGCCCAGAACUUUUCUGUGGUCCAGGGCAGCAAGUGGGUCGACCUGACGCCCCAGACAUUCGGGGCCGAGGCCUCCGUUGAUGUGAGCGGCUCGUUCUGGAGCUCCAACGAGUCUUGGCUGGUGCUGAAGUAUGCCAACGUUCUGGGGUCCCCUCUGACAGCCACCUUCCACAUGACCAGCUGGCGGUUUCCUGUCUCGGGCCGGGACUGGUUCCAGCUGAACCGCCUGGAGCUGGCGACGCCCUCGGCCAGCCCCACUGUGUUCAACGCCUCGCAGGUGACGGCCCCCAGCAACUACUCCUGGCGCUGCGCCUACCUCAGCAGCCUGCCGGGCUUCGGGGCUGGCCUCCUGCCCCACGGCCCCGGCCCCAGCUGGGGGGUGCUGCUCCAGGACGUGCAGCUGCAGGGGUUCAAUGUGCCGGGCCUGCAGUUCUCCUACGCCAGCGACUGCGCCGGGUUCUUCGCGCCGGGCACCUGGAUGGGGCUGCUCACGGCCCUGCUGCUCGGCGCCAUCUUCGCCUGUGGCCUCCACGUGCUGCUGGCCCUCAAGACCAUGGACCGGUUCGACGACCCCAAGGGGGCCACCAUCGCUGUGCCCCAGGGCGAGUAGGGCGGGGCUGGGCCC